AUGUCAACGAAGUCGGAGCAGCCUAGUGUAGACGCAUCUGGAGAACAAGAAGAACUUCCCAGUCGGUUCGAAGUGGAACUGGAAUUUGUACAAUCCUUAGCUAACAUCCCAUAUGUUACUUAUCUAUUGACCCAACACCAAUUGUGGCAAGAUCCUAAAUUCAAAGCAUAUUUGAAGUACCUUGAAUACUGGUGUGAGCCUCCUUAUGCUCAGUACAUUGUUUAUCCGAAUUCAUUGUUUGUGCUGAAGCUACUUAAUGGGUUCUUUGACAAGGCUGUUGUCAACGAAGACGGCGUUUUAGAAGGUGCAGAGGAAUUGCCCAAAGUGCUGCAAAUCCAAGGUGGGCAAUGGAUGAACGAAAUGGUAGAACGGUGGAGAGCUUGA